GUUCUCUCAAGUCUCAACAAUUUAAAUUCUGGUGCUUCGUUUGAAAAUUUUUUAUUGUUGGUGUAUAAAUUUCUGGGCGAAAUGUUUGGGUGUUUCAUGAACAAUCAAUAGUCUUGUUAUACUUGUACAAGGUGAGGUUGAUUUAUUAUCUUAUUUAAAGCGAAAUCGGAAGAGAAAACGUGUAAAUACAACGUUUUAAUUCUCAACUUUUAAGCGCUUUAUAGUCGACCGACCAUUUCGGGCGACAAAGCAUCGAUUUUUAAUACUCAAGACAUUGUGUAUAUUUUGUGCAAAUCUUUCUUUUGCUUUCAUUCAUCAUUGCUUUCUGGUUUAAUUUCUUUAAGGAAACUGCUUGAAUAUACUGCUUGGGCAGCCAACGGCCUUGUGAAAAAAAUAUCAAAAUAUGUCGAAUUCGCUCGAUGAUAGUAUUCGAGUAGCGAUUCGCGUCAGACCGCUCAUAAAAAGGUAUGUAUAUAAAUUAUUUAAUCGAAAUUUAUGAAGCUUUAUUUCAAUUUGGUGUGACUAAGAUAGGAAUUUGUGAUUUUGUGUUAGAUCGAUUGUAGAACUAGAUUUUAAAAGUUAAAAUAAUUAGUCACACACAGUACAGAAUUAAUAUGAACAAGGUGCUUGGUGCCUUGGUCAAAGGGCCAUUCCAAUAUUCCAUUUACGGAGUUCUAACUAUAGUGUACCCACUGUUUUUGUGUGAAUGCUCGGCAAGUUACUAGAUGCAUGCAUCCCCAUUGGAUGACGCUCGCUUUAACUGCUUGCACGAUUUCGUUUCUGCUCAAGGGAAUUUUGUGUCUGUCUCAGCACUUUGGUCUUGUUUUCUUAUAACGUAGGAGUUAAAGUUAUACUGUCCUCGUCCAUAGGGGAGGGUGUGGAAUUAUUAAAUGGGAUGUCCCAAAACAGCCCAAGUCAACAAAACGGCCCGCUUCGAUUGGUGGAAAUGGGAAAAUGAACCGGUGUAGCUAGCGCACUGGCGUACAAAAAUUUAUUUAGUUGUGCACACUACAACAUUCUCAACCAUUUCUGUUUUAGCCUGCGGACAGUCUCUCAAGCUGAAUUGAGAGCCUGCAUCCAUGACUGAUGAAUUUGAAUAUCUGCCCAGUAACGUUCAUGUUUCCAAAUAUGGAAUGUCUAUCCUUAUAUCGUGUUGUUUACAACUUUCAUGCAAACUAAAUUUAGACCGUGCAAACUAAAUUUAGACCGUACAGUUUAUACUGUUUUUCGAAAAUAUAUAUGAUAUUCAAGCAAAUUAAGUUCAAAUGUUUUAAAUACUGUUUUCUCAAAACAGGACAUUUUGUGCUUUGAGAUUUAGAUAGCCAAGACCAAUUUGAUCAGUUAAUGUGUUUUUUAUGCAUAGUGCUUCAGCAGUUGACAUAUAUAGAGCUCAGCGGAAAUAUAAAUUAUAGCAUCUGACCAAUAAGUAUUUCGCGUCACGAUUUGAGACGCAGAUAUUCAAAUUCAUUCGUCAUCGAUGCAGGCUCUCAAUUCAGCUUGAGAGCCUGUUCGCAGGCCAUUGCUGUUUGUAUUUUAGCUAUGUAAUAAUGGGAAUUUGAUUCAGCACUGACUGCAGCACAUAUUUGAAAUGCUUAUUAUCUGUUCUGUCUCACUCUAAAAGUGUUCAUAUUGCAACUUGGCGGCACAUGUGAAUAUAUUUAAAACGGUAUUUGUGCAGCCACUGGUGCAUAUGUUACUGAUCACCUUAGUUGAUCAAAUAUUGGGUGCACAAAAAACAAACAUACCACCCCGGCAGCAAGCUGUGUUUAUUGGGGAAUAUUCACCGACGGAGACGAAGUUGAGAAUAUUGGAAUAGAAUAACUCCAUAAUUCGAUAUUUAAAAUCUAAAUUACCUAAUCCUAGCUUUCAGAACUUCAGAACUUGGCAGAAAAUCCGUAGUAUGAACAUGAUUGUGUAAUAAUAUUUCAAGGCAUGCAAUUAGCCAUUUUGACUUGGGGCCGUUUUGACUUGGGGCUGUUUUGAAAGAAUUCAUGUAACAAGCUUUCGAAGGUAUAGGGAUGCAACUACCUGACUUUGAUUGUUUGUUAACUUUGCAACUCCGGAAUGUUUGUUGCAAAGUUUUGAAAUUUGUUUUGAAGUUUGUUCCGAUGACUUACAAUCAUGAUUCGACAGGAGCUGAUUUUAUUGGCUGGUUCAUUUAGCUAUAUAGCCAAUUGCAACUUACUAAACUUGAUCAUCGGAUAUUAUCACAACAAACUUUGAAACAAAUUUCAAAACUUUGCAACAAACAUUCCGAACUUACAAGUUACAAAUAAACUUUGGAAGUCCGUUUUCAAAAGUAAAUUGAAAUUGAGAGUAAUUAAGCCUGUCCAGUCCAACUUUCCUAAAUUACAAGCUAGGUCUUUGACACAAGCCAUUCGUAUACUAGAUAAAUCAAUUUAGGUUAACAUUUUAUGGUUGGUGUGUGUGUACCAUCUUUACAUAUUUUUUGUACAAGAUUGCUAAACAAAGGAGUUAAUGGGAUAUACUGUAGGGGACUGUCAACAAUUGGGUUUUGUCACGCUUGACAACAAAUUGCCUGCUAUAGGUGGAUGGGUUUCUGGUAAGAUUUAAUGUGGCUGGUGGACGGAAUUCAGUCUGGCAGUCAGACAUAUAUGCUGUAAACCUGACAAUUGGAUCAGACGAUCGAUCUAAAAUGAAAUGUUUGCAGAGACGAGAUUACUCGAUUAGCAAGCUUUCCACUAGUCUAAAGUAAUGCCAAUGGUUAGGACAUGUGCCUGCCCACUAAGGCCAACCGGAGGGUGGAAAAUAUAAUUUACUUUCUGGCACCACAAAAGAACAUUGAAAAUUUUCUGGAAAUAUAAUAAAGUAAAUCAACACUCGGACUGUGUAACACCAACAAGUUGUCAAUGAAACUGGAUGUCGUGCUAUAUUUUAACCAAAGAAAUUUAUUUCAGUCCACUGAGAAUCUUAAUAAUACUUUGGGAAUAUAACAUAAACAUAGAUAACUGAUGCACCAAGGCUCUGAUCCUAAGGCAAAUACAAGCUCCAGAAAAGGGCUCUACUAGGGUGUAGUAUUCUUAUUGUAUGAUAAUACGGGGCAUGCUCUUUGAGUGGUUAUAUCAAUACUCAAUUUAAUAUAUGAAUGGAAUGCUAGCUGUAACUGUAUAUACAAGUGACGUCACAUAAGUACAUGACAUCAGGUUAUUAACAUGGGGGAAACUAGCUAUCAGGUGGAUUGAUACUCCCCAGAACAUUUUGAAAAUUAGGUGUCCCAGAUUUGCUAAAAAUGCAUUAAUUUUGCCAUACAACAUUUGUUAUAAAUUCAUUCUAUCGUCCAAUACAUUUAAUUUUACACACUUAGUCUAUUACAUACACUAAAGAUGGAUGCACCUUCAUGUACAUGCAGUGCGGGUAACAUAUGCAUAUUGUGUUUUUGAUGUUACUCUGAGUGUAUAUCUACACCGGGCAGGCUGAAAAGUUAGCCUGACCACGGUGGGAGUCGAACCCGCGACCUUUGGGAUACCAGUCCAAUGCUUUGCCAACUGAGCUACGAGGCCAAGUCUGUUCGAGUGUACAUGGUACUUCGGAAGUAAAGUCUAGUACCUUCGAUUCCUACCGUGGUCAGGUUAACUUUUCAGCCUGUCCAGUGUGGAUAUACACUCAAAAACAUAUUCACCUGAGUACAUAACAUCAAAACACAAAAAAUAUAUGCAUCAUAUAUUGCUUGUGUUUCACUUUCAAUGUUCGUUCACAUUCUUAAUUGAAAGUAGUUUUGAUUCUCAUUUAAUUAAUACUAAAUAAUCCAGUAACUCUUAUUUGAGCAUUUAAGUUGUGACAAAUUUCCAAACGUCACGAGUAUUAUUAAUCCCUAAUUGUAUACGACCAACGUCGCAUGAUUACUUGUUUAUUAUUAGCAUGACAAAAUGGGAUGCGUACUUCUCAAUGUCAACAUCAUAUUCUCUCGCCAAAGUCCAGUCCUGCCAGACUUUCAACCAAAAUUUGGUGCUUUUGUUCGUAUUUCCAUCUAGUUCCUCCACGGCAUUUUCAUUUCGCAUUUGUGUUUAAAAUACCUUUCCGCCAUUUUGGUUGUUUUGGGAAAAUCAUUAAUUGUACUGCUGCAGUACAAUUAAUGAAAUAAUAAAAUUGUACUCCUCUCAACCAAUCAGCAUCCAGUAAUUUUGUCAUGCUAAUAAUAAUAAAUGUAAAUAUUUUAAGAAAUGUUUAUACAGUAGUUUGUAACAGGGGAGUGUGUCAUUCAGCCAGUCAAAAUGCUGUUCAAAACGAUUAUAUCAAAACAGAGAAUCACAGUCUGAGAUACCUUAGACUUGCUCCAAGUCUCUCUUUCAUUGUCAUAUCGAUCCACUAUAGUGUACAUUACAUGACGUACGGAGGGGCGGUACGGUUUCUGUUCAAAACUGAACCGAAAAUUCAAGACUUGCUUUAAUUCGUUUCUGUCAGUGUUAAAAUGUAUUGAUCUAGCACAUGUAAAUAACAUGAGUUCCAUUAUAGUAAAUGAUAAAGAAAAAAUUGAAGGAAAAGAAUUAAAGCAAGUCUUGCAUUUUCGGUUCAGUAUUGAACCGAGAUUUUCCGAAGUUGACAAGUCUCUCUUUCUCGCUCCGCCCCUCCGUACUACGUCAUGUAAUGUACACUAUACUGGACCGAUACUAUAUGACAAUGAAAGAGAGACUUGGGGCAAGUCUAGAGAUACCUCAGCCAAUAGACAAUUUUGUGGAGAAAAUCCUCUCUAUAAAUCUGAAAAGAAUUUGUGGAAUUUGUUAAUCGAAAAUUUAAAUGAAAAAUGGUCGGGUAUCUGACUUAGAACAAUUAACAUGAAGUAUACAAAUAUUGUGUUGUUAGGGAAAACGAUUGUAAAGAUCAUUGGUUGGUUGAUGGAGAUACCAUCUCUCAAAUUCACGACGGCAGGAAAAUACAAAAUACUACAUUUACUUUUGGUAAGGACAAACUAAUUAUUACAUUUAUACGGAGGUUUCUACACCCCUAAUACCGUCGAUUGCAACUAAGCGGUAACAUGUCGUGAGAAAACGCGUCCAAUUGACUGUCAAACAUGAUGUGUUUGGACUUCAAACGUCAUAUGAUUUUACUGCAAACAUUUACGUUUCAACUGUAAACUGUCAAUAUUCCAAAUUUAGAAACACAUUCAUGUUGGGCGGGGAUUAUCUUGCAAACACUAAAUCCGUGAUUAAAUUCGUCUGAAUUAAAUUCGACGUAUGAAACAGGCCUUAGUGAAUUUCUAACAUUCUGUAAAUUUGUGAGUUUUGACAAAUUCAGUAUUGUUUGCAAUGUUUGUACUACCUUUGUUACGUUUUCGCGGGAAAAAUAAUAGUAAACCGUCAAAUAUUUCCAGCAAAAUCAUGUAAAGUUUGAAGUCCAAACAUGUUAUGUUUCAUGUCCAAUUACAUGUAGAUCGCGUUUUCUCAUGACGUGUUUCCGCUUAGUUGCAAUCGACGGUAUUUCUAGAGUUAAUAUAACUCUCUAGAGUUAAUAUAACUCUUUCUCAUUCAUUGAUGUUCAUAAAUUUAACCCUGGCCAUUAAGUUGCAUUUCACUUAUUAGGCAUAAAAAAAAUACCUGUGGUUCCGGUUUCAUAUCGUGAAAAAUUAGGGUCGGUAGGUCGGAAAUAAAUUUUUUUUUUGAAUAUUUUUUUCAUGGUUUUGACGUUUUUUUUGCUGGGCGAUUUGCUUUAGAGCCCCGACAUCAAUAUUAACUAGAGAUGCGUAUUUCUAUGGACGAAUUUAGGCAAUUUGGUUCAAUAAUUAGUGUGAUAACAGACUCCAUUUUGUCACGCUGUGUAUGAGCAGCCCGCAACCACCUGGAGAAAAUAGAGUCGCACAGUCAAUCGCGUUGAAAAAAUAAUAGGGUCGGCAGAAAAAAUAGGGUCGGUCGGGAACCGGAACCACAGGUAUUUUUUUUACGCCUAAUGUGCCCUAAGUCUUUUAUUAAUUAUUACUUUACUCUGUCUAAUGGUAUAUGUAGAUGAUUUGGCUUGUCAAGGGGAUAGCGCUUUCGCUCAAUAGGUUAACCAGACUGGUGAAUCAUGUGUCUAGUUAACCGACCAUCAAGUUGCAUUGUGACCUAAUGGGUUACCCAUCGAGGGUGACCAUGGGUUAACCAGGCUUUCUUGCCAUCCUACUUUUCUACACAAGGAUGCCAGAAAGCCUGGUUAACCCAUUAAGGCUGCCGUCAGCGCUGUCCACUUCAUGAGUAAUAUUGUCUGCUGUUUGACAGAGUAAAAUAAUAAAGUAGGCUGCUUUCUGCCACUUGAAGCGAUAUGGCAAUAAAAAUGAACUUUGUCUUAUUUGAAACAACUUUUAAAGUUCUGUAUGAAGACCCAAGACUUUCGCAUCUUGCUUGGUUUUCGAAAUAUUUUGAUCAAAAACAGUGUGCAGUUCGCCAUCUUAGUAUAUAAUUGAUCUAAUUAACUGAGUUUUUGAUGACGUCACAAGCAGUGUAAACUUGUCAAAACUUCUUCAUGUGGGACUACAUUUCUUCGAAAAGUUUCUUAAAAUGUUGUGAGUUAAUUGAGUACUAAAAAGACAAUUGGAAAAUCGAGUUUUAUAUUGAUAAUGACACGUGGUUUGCAAGAUAAACUGAAUAUUUUAUACCCUAUUUGUGACGUAUGCAUAUCGAAUGCAAAUUACCCUACUUGUGACGUAUGCAUAUCCAAGAUGGCGGAAUGGUCGCUGCUUUUGAUCAAAGUAAGUCGAUUUAUUUAGAAAACCAAGCAAGAUACGGAAUAAUUGUAAAGGAAGUUUAUGUAUCAUUUUAAAUGUUCUUUCAAAUAAGACAAACUUAGUUUAUAUUGCCAUAUCCCUUUAAAGGGUUAACAGGACGCAGGCAGUUAGCUUGAUUAAGCCAUCAAGUGGCAGCACAGUCUGUAGCUCCUUCUAGUGCUUAUGUACUUGGUCAACGGUUGCACCCUGAAGGCUGAACCAUGACCAAAGCUUGAUUAGCACCCUACCACAAAAUCUGGCUGGAUGCAUCCCUGCCUUACAUGAUCGAUCUGCAGGGUGCGAUAAUUCAAGAUUAUCAGUCGUACCUGACUGGUACGUCAAUGGUUGUUACCGCGCACUUGCGCUAGAACAAACUCAGUACUCAAUGUGUACUUAGUCUUUAAAAUAAGGUUCAUAAACUACAGGUUUCUGCAAAGUAUGUUUAGACUACGAAGUAGAAAAAGAAGCGCAAUUGCAAUAUACAAACAAUCGACUCCAACGUUUCUUCAGUGCUAUCAGUCUAAUCAUGUUUCAUGCCAAGACAUCUCAGACACAUGAUAUACCAACUACAAAUCACGGUAUUGAAUACCUUGGGCUUGGUCAUGUGGUACCAGCAAUAAGUAAGUACGCAGGCAGCAAGAGUUCCGCGUACCUACGUGGUACGUGGCUGAAAACAAAGAAGUACCAGAGCGUAAUAUUGGCGUACACGUAGUACCUCCGGUACGUAAGUACGCGAAUUAUCGCACCUGCGAUCUGAUCAAACAAAUUUAUUCAUCCUACCGAACAUUUUCCAGCAGCGUUUCACUUGAUGGUCGAAAAGAAUGUUGAGAAUGUUUUGGCGUUACAUUACACAAUUAAAUCAAAUUGACGCCCUCGGCAACUGGUACUUUGUUAUUUGCUCUGUCUCAUUCAUAAUAAUAAUAAUAGUAAAAUUUAUUUCUAAAGCGCAUAUAUCCUAUGUUCAUGGCGCUGUAUAUAAUAAAUAACAAAGCAUAAUAAAUUGUUCAUGGCGCUUAAUAACUAACAAAGCACAAACGAAUAUUGUUACUGUAAUGAGUAGUGCGAUUGAUCUCAUUUAAUUUUCUGUAGAUCGAAUAUUCAGCAAAAGCCAUACUACGCUUGAUCUCUACACAGAUUUUGCACAACCAGUCGUACUUUCUGUCAUGGAGGGAAUUAACGGUAAUUUAUAACUGGUUAUAUAUACACUACGGCCAGUGGCGAAGCCAGCCAAAAAUUGUUGGUCAUGCUUCGAGCGGCGAAGGCGCGAGGCUGUCUAGGGGGGUCUGGGGGCAUGCCCCACCGGAAAAUUUUCUAUAUUAGAACCCCGGAAAUGCCAUUUCCUGCGAUUUGAGCAUUGAAUUCUAAGCUCCAAUAUGACCUUAAGAAGGGGAUUUUAGCCAAAAAUGACCAACAACCAAAUUUUGCAUAUUCUAAAACUUCAUUUGCAUUCGGAGCGUAAAAAAAGAGGCGAAAAAACUCGUUUUAUCCCCAUCCGUUCCGCAUUUUAUCCCCGUAUCCGUUCCAUGGAAUUCGCUUUGUCCGCUUCCGCAUUUUAACCUGUGACAUGUUUCACAAUAACAAGUCUCCUUGACGUUUGAUUUAUUCCAAAUGUUCGCAUGUGAUGUAUUCAAUAAUGUCACUUUAGAUUUCAAUAUUUUCACAGUUAUAGCAGUGUUUAUAGCAGUUUUGACAAGCUUUGAUACAGAUAGAUAGAUUCUCGCAAGAUCUGAUAGAGUUGCACUGAACAUGAGUUUGCGCCGUUGGCGUUGUGACAGUGCUAGACAUGUAAACAAGGUCCGUGACGUGCGCGUAAAUCUGUGGUGUAGCACCUUAAGGUACGUUUACACGCUGCGAUUUGUCGGGCCGAUUUUGCUCGCUGUAUGUAAAUAAACUGUCGUGAGUACUCGCGUCAGCACCUUGCGAUUCACAAAAUCGGGAGAAAAAUCUGCAACAAAAUCACAGAUUUUUCUCACGAUUCGACGAUUUUUCUUCCGUUGUAAAGUUGUUGAAAACUUUUCGCACGCAGAAAACUAUAAUAUAAACAGACGAGAGAGCGGACAGCUUCAAUUGAACGUUUAAAUCGCUAAAUGUCGAAGAAGGGGCAUCGAUUAUUUACCAAAAUCGGCCCGACAAAUCGCAGCGUGUAAACGUAGCUUUAUACAGUCGAUGUAUAAUGAAUAUACGGUCUAAAUAUUGUCGGUAAUACAUAACAUCAAUUUAUAUAUUGCGUAGAAUCUCAAUAUUCAUGUUUGAAAUGUUUAUAUAUUUGAAAACAACACUGUCAGUGUCUCACUCCAUCAUGCAUCCUAGCUCUGUACUUGAUUGAAUGCCCGUAAUGUAUAAGAUCAAUCUACUGUAUAUAUUGCGUAGAUUCUCAAAGAUUUGCUACUGGAACUAAAAGACCUUUGUAAGAGAAUAACAUCUCGUGUACAGUGUACUUUCACACACGCUUGGUUGAAUCGGAUUAAUUUGCAUAUUCAUAAAUCUAUUUCGCCACCGGAAGAUGAAUAAUUCAGAAGAAUAUUCGAAGGUUUAUCAUGCGUCGAAGCUCGAGCAGGAGUAAAAGGCAUUUUUUUGCGUGUUUUGCAUUCUUGAGAGCUGUUUUAGCCAAUGAAAUGCGUUAGAAUUUUACGUUUGUCCUGCUCGCCUGAGUUGAGCAGGACUAAACUUCGGGCAAGCCACCCGUUUUUCCUGCUUUUGCCUGCAUGCAUGCAGGCAAAGGCUCGAUAUUAAUUCAAAAUAAGUUAAAUAACGUUAGUUACAUAAUGAAUUUCUCUGUUUAAGAAUUUCUGCGCAACGUGUUGAAGUUAAGAAUAUGUAAGAACAUAUUUCAAGCUGGAUAAAAGUGUUUUCUUUUGAUAAUUAUAUGCGUAAAAAAUUCAUUAUCUGAAAUUUUGUAUGUCAUGCUCAGCAGGACAGGCAGGAUAUCUGGCUUCGCCACUGACACUACCUUAGACUUGCCCACAAGUCAAUCUCGAAAUGCUCGAAUAGCGAGCGGUGAGCGACGAAGCCGCGCCGCGAAAACAUUGGGAAAGUCUAACACUACCUGAUAAUACUUAACAAUUAUUCGCCGAAGGCGAGGUGAUUAUCGGUGAAUAAAAACCGACACGAAGUCGAGGUUCAAAGGCGAGGUCGCGGAAAGAGUAUACUAAAAUGAGUAAAAUUGCAAAGUUUGGUUGCGAAAUGUUCUAAAAUGCGGAAUAUAGCCUUGCAAAUUGUAUAUACUUUCGUACUGCGUGCAGAAAUUGCUACCACAUUUGGGCCGAAAAUGGUAGCAAUUUCCACACGCAAUACAAAAGUAUACAAAAUUUGCAAACUUUGCAAGGCUAUAUUUUGCGCAUUUUACAACAUUUCGCGACCAAACGUGGCAAUUUUACUAAUUUUUGUAUGCGCUUUCUAGCUGUGGUGAUUUAUUUGCAUCUCCUUGCCUAUAGUUUUAAAAUUAGUCUAUAUUGGGAAUUGUCUAUUAACAAAGGGCCUGCACAUCUCACUCAUGCAGACGUGUUCCACGGCGAGAUGGGCUCGUAUGAACAGAAAUAUAAUUUCUUUGAAAAGUUGAAAACUUUAUCGAGCCACCUUAAUUCUAUUUCCAGGCACUCUGUUUGCAUACGGCCAGACAUCAUCGGGCAAGACGUACACCAUGACUGGUUCCAUGGACACGCCUGGUAUCAUCCCCCAUGCCCUAGACGAAGUCUUCAAAUACAUCUCGAAGACUCGAAACCGAGAAUUCCUUUUACGUGUUUCAUACAUGGAAAUAUACAAUGAAAUCAUUACGGAUCUUCUUAAUCCCAAGUCCACAAAUUUGAAAAUUCGUGAAAAUGUAGAUAGGGAGAUAUCGGUUGAAAAACUGACGGAAAAAGUGGUGACCAGUGUGACUGAGGUUCUUGAUGUAAUGAGAUUUGGGGAGAAAAAUCGACACAUUGGCGGCACGAAUAUGAAUGAACGAAGCAGCAGAUCUCAUGCCAUAUUUAGAAUGGUGAGUGUGAUUCAAGUGCAUUAUAUAUCUCUUAAUUAAAGAGUAAUUCGUAGUUCUCAAGAAAGGGUUAAUUAUGUGCCCAAAUUAUAUAUAAACACGACACCUGCUCAGGCGUUCACACUGGCCUUAUAAUGCGUGCUGGUGUUGAAAGGGUAGAACAGUUUGAAUAACACUAAAUUACUUACAUGCAUAUUUUUGCCUGGCUAGGGAUGGGCAAAUAAACAAUAUACAGUAUGGUAGACAAACCGAAGGCCCCAACUCAGUGAAGUCACGAACGUUUUAGGAUUUUAAAACGUCCAUAGACAGGGUAUUGGGUUCAACCAGUGAACUCUAAUAAUAACUGGAAGGCUAAGUCAGGGGGGGAAGUUGAAGCCGUGCUUGAAGCUUUUUUUGUAGGUAGACCCAGUCCUUUUUAAUUUUUUUUUCAAAAUAUGCACAUUUUUCGAUCAGAAAAAUCUUGCCCCAAAAUAUUAGUUAUACUACCAAAUUUAAUUUAUAUCAUUCAGUAGUAUUAUAAAUGAAUUUAAUAUUCGCAAAGCAAACAAAUCAUGUAUUAGCAAAAAAAUACGAAAAAAACACGACCAAAAGCAUGAACGGUCUGAAAAACCGCGCGUUUUAGGCUGCUUUUUCUGAGUUUUUGGAAGAUUAAGAUAAAACUAAGACGUCACACCUCAGGAAUUUUUUAUACCCAUGCAAAAUACAUCUGUAUGCGAAGUUUCAAGAAGAUUUAACGUUUUAAGGUCGAAAAAAAAGCAUUUGAAAAUUGACAAAAAUAUUGCCAUAUUCAAAGUGCUCAUAGUGGCCAACAAGAUGCCGAUGACGAAAAUAACAUCACUUGAAAAACGCCAAUUUAUUUAUGUUUAAGAGCGACUAAAACAAGGACUAAAAGCUCAGGAUCAAUAACAAUACCUGGGGUUUAGUACAACAUAAGUUUUGGGACUGUCAAAAUGUUUUAUAGUAUAUAUUUUUUAGUUGAACGGCGAGAUUUCCUUCGGCACGUGCAAACGGCUGAUCUAGUUCAAGAGAGAAGUCACGUUUUUUGUUGCUCCGUGUCUGGUGAAAUAUUAUCAAUUAUUACUACACUAUCGUUUAUAUUUAUAGUGGUUUCUAUAUGUAUAUGUAAAACCUACUAACUACGGAAGGAUUGCAGCUAUACCCAAGUGCUGAUCGUUUUAAAUAAGUUACAUUAUUCCAUUGGGCAUUGUGUUUGCGUAUUACUGUCGUUAUGGCGGUUCCAAAGACAAGGGCAUCGUGUAAUAAAACCGAAGCUCCAGACAUAGUUAAAUUCAGGGAAGAAAUGCGGACUCUCAUUAAAGAUGAAAUUGCCAAAUCGCUAACAAGUGAAACGAUGACUAAAGUGAUGUCUACUCUCGUAAAAGACGCACUCAAGGAUGAGUUGGCCGCCAUUGUAAAGCCUAUUCAAGACACAGUCCAAAGACUCUCGAAGGAAAAUAUUGACCUUCGCUUGGCUAAUGAUAAAAUGAAGAAAGAUAUUAACUAUUUGAUGCUAAAAACGAAUGCUAACGAACAAUACUCGCGUAAAUACAAUAUUCGUAUCGGUGGAAUCAAAGAAGACCCAGAAGAGGACUGCUAUGAAAAAGUAUCUACAUUUUUUCAAGGCAAGCUUGGGUUAACGAUCGAAAAUUCAGAAUAUGAUCGUAUUCAUCGAGUUGGCAAGCGUGGGAGUAAAGACCGCCAAAUGAUUGUAAAGUUUAAGAGCAGAAGUUAUCAAGCAUCGCCGUAAGCUUAAAGGGGCCGCAGGAUUAUUUAUAAAUGAAGACCUUACUGCUUACAAUUUAGAUCUCUAUUAUGAAGCACGCGGUGCGUCUUUCGUUGCUGCAACAUGGUCGAGUGACGGAAAGGUGUUUGUGAAGCUACCUGAUGAGACUACCCACUUAGUACGCUGCAAAGAAGACAUUCAAAAAUUAGAAAUGGUUCAGGAUGAUGUAAAUUCUUACGAAGACUAGUUGCUGUUCCUUUUGUGGUGAAUUCAUUAUUUAUUUUCAUAUAUAUUUUUGUUUUUGCACUGUUAUAUUCUUUAACCAUACUUAUUUGGCGCUUUAUUUUAUUCUCUUGACCUAUUUUCUGCAGUCUAAGGUAAGAUUUUAUGAUUUUCAUGGUAUGGGUAAUUCAUUAGAAAGCUAUCGAGCAGCUAUUGGGCUUUAUAACUUUCGGAAAUUUGUAGUUCGUUACUCAUAUGCUAAAUCAACAAUAAGUUCGGCGAUGGUGUUCGCACUCAUGUUGGCAUUCUAUACCAUUUUAAUUUGUUUAUCGUUUGAUGUUCAUGUUAAUCCUGGACCUUCACCACGGAACUUUACUCUAGCUCAUUUAAAUGUUCGGAGUAUAGUAAACGAGGAUAAAAUUGAUCAAAUUUCCGCUUUUCUAGGAGUUAAUAAUUUCGAUGCUUUCGCUUUAACAGAAACAUGGCUAACUUCAAAUGUUAGCAUUCAGGAUUCACAUAAUAUGAACGGCUAUCAUUUACCGUUAUUAAAAAAUAGAACACAUUGCAGGGGUGGUGGUGUUGCUCUCUAUUUGAAAAAUUGUCUCUCUUAUAAGAGAAGGUUUGAUCUUGAGAUGCCUAAUCUAGAACUAUUGUGGUGUGAAGUUAUUUUGUUAAAUUCUAAGAUUUUGAUCGGGGUUUGUUAUAGACCCCCCACGCACCUUACUUCUGAUAUGGAUGUUUUUUUGGCGUUGCUGCAAGAUAGUCUUGAUGCAAUUGAUCGCUCGAAUUUUAACGCAGUUGUUAUAACUGGAGACUUUAAUGCACAUUUUAAUCCUAAAGACCACCAAUCUUCUACUAAGUGCGGCAUAGAUCUUGCGCGCUUCCUUAGCUGUAAUAAUUUAUUCCAAUUAAUUGAGGAACCGACUCGAAUCAAACUAGCGAAACCAUUUUGGACUUAGUUAUUACUGACUCUCCUAUGUAUUGUACGAGUCAAUUUACACUUAGUCCACCAGCAAAUUGUGACCAUAAUGCUAUUGUUGCCAAAUUCAAUCUAUCUGUUUACAGUCAUAGAACGUAUAAGAGGACAAUCUAUAAUUUUAAUGUGGUAAACGAAAACCUUCUGACUAGCUCACUGCUGUCUUUCAAUUGGGGAUCUCUGUUUAAUGAUGUUUAUGAUAUAGAUACCCUUUAUGAGACCUGGUCUUCACGAUUUCUUAAUAUUGUAAACAACUUUAUACCUUCGAGAGUAAUUACUGUUCGUCCAAAUGAUAAACCCUGGAUGAACAGUAUAAUUAGACGAUCAAUACGUAGGCGUAACAGAUUGUUGCGCAAGUAUAAUAAAAGAAAACUUCCUAGGGAUUGGGAUCUUUACAAAACUCAGCGUAACCUAACGGUUAGCAUAAUUCGGAAAGAAAAAGCUCUAUAUUAUGUAAAAUUAAAUGCUAUGUUAAGUAAUCCCAAAAUAAGCGCAAAGAAAUGGUGGGGAGUGGUUAAAUCCAUAUACGGCACAAAAGUGUGUUCUACAAUUCCACCCUUGAAAGAAAAUUAUAUUUAUGUUUAUGAUCCAAAGGAAAAGGCGAAACUUUUCAAUGAUUAUUUUGUUUCCCAGGCUACACUGGAUCCACAAUGCCCUCCACCGCAUUUUGCAGGUCAAUUUUCGCCGAACUCAUCGCUGUCUAGUAUUGCUGCUAAUCCUGAUGAAGUGUUAAAAUUGCUCUUAAGUGUUGAUAUUUCUAAAGCAUGUGGUCACGACGGCAUUGGGAAUCGUAUGAUUAAACUUUGUGCUUAUGGUAUCUAUUACAGUUUCACUAGAUUAAUUAACACAUCCCUCUCUCUAGGCCAAUAUCCCAAACAAUGGAAAUUUGCAAAUGUCUUACCCAUUUUUAAGAAGGAUGAGCAUAACAUAAAAUCUAAUUACCGUCCUGUGUCCCUACUACCAAGUUUGUCUAAAAUUUGCGAAAAAAUUGUUUUUGUUCGCCUUUAUAAUUACUUGAUCGAAAUUGGAUUUUUACAUAAUUUACAGUCCGGCUUUCGUCCUGGCCAUUCAACUGUUUUGCAACUAACAUAUGUUGUUCAUCAAAUAUAUUCCAGCUUAGAAGAAGGAAAAGAAGUAAGAGCUGUGUUUCUGGAUAUUAGUAAGGCAUUUGACAAAGUUUGGCACGAGGGGUUGAUAAGCAAAUUGAAAUUUAUUGGAAUCAAAGGUACAUUACUAAAAUGGCUGGAGAGCUAUCUCUCUAAUCGUUUUCAACGAGUAGUUGUUGAGGGGACCAAUUCGACCUGGGAAAAAGUCAAUGCUGGAGUACCCCAAGGCAGUGUUCUUGGGCCACUCCUGUUUCUGAUUUACAUCAAUGAUAUUACUAAUGACAUACAAUCUGAGGCUUUUUUAUUUGCUGACGACACUAUGAUUUUAGAUGUGGUAGAUUCUCCAACAACUUCUGCUGUUAAGCUUAAUACUGAUCUUGCAUCUAUAUCUAGUUGGGCCGAUAAAUGGAUGGUAACCAUGAAUCCCAGUAAAACACGUUCGAUGAUUUUUUCUGUUAAGAAUAACAAGCCUGAUCACCCUAGACUUUUGUUAAAUCAAGCGACUAUACCAGACGUUAAUUUGCAUUGUCAUUUAGGCAUUAAUCUUUCAAGUGAUCUCUCCUGGCAAAAUCACAUAUGUGUCAUUAGCGAAAGAGCGGCCAAAAGAUUCAAUAUGUUAAAAGGUUUGAGAUUUCGUCUGAACAGAACUACAUUAAAUAGCAUGUAUAUUUCUUUAGUUAGACCUUUAAUGGAAUAUGGUGAUUUUAUAUGGGAUGGUUGUGGGGUAGAGUGCAGUAAUGCUCUCGAAAGAAUUCAAUUUGAUGCAGCUCGCCUCGUUACUGGUGCUAUAAAAGGCACUAACCGUGUAGCUCUGCUAGAAGAACUCUCUUGGGAUAAAUUAGAAACCAGACGAUAUAUUCACAAAUUGUCAGUUUUAUACAAAAUUAAGAACAGAAUGGUUCCUGACUAUCUUUAUUUUGUUUUACCAAAGCCGGUAUCUCAAAUAUCCAAUUAUCCACUCCGCAACAGUGAUGAUAUAUGCAAUUUUCUAUGUUCUUCAUCUAGAUUUCAACAGUCGUUCUUUCCAUCGGCUAUAUCUGCUUGGAAUUCCUUAUCUGAUUCAAUUAGAAAUUUGCCGUCUGUUACUAAUUUUAAAACUUCAAUUAAGAGUCUAUUUUGUAAAAAAAAAUGCCCGAAGAUUUUCGAAGUUGGUGUUAGGUAUCCUUCAGUUUUACACACGAGACUUCGGUUAGGUAAUAGUACUUUAAAUGAUGACCUUUUCCGUCAUAAUUGCAUACCGUCUCCUACAUGUGCGUGCGGAUACCAUCGUGAAACUACUGAACAUUAUUUGUUGCAUUGCCCGCUUUGGGAUACUUACCGUUCGAUUUUACUUACUACGGCUGCAGAAUGUCUUGGGAAUUAUUGGUUCAAUUCUAAUAGAACUGGGAAACUUUCUUUUUUGCUUUCUGGAUGCAAUAACGUUGCUUUUAAUGUAAACCAUAGAUUGUUUUUUGCUGUACAAAGAUUUAUUAUUGAUACAUCUCGUUUCUCAGCUCGUAAAUAAGGUAAAAAAAUAUUGUCAGUACCUGUUUAACUGUAACAAGCUGUCUGAGGUACUAGAAAAUUCUCGAUGUUUGUGUUUCUGAGGGCUUGUUGCAGUAGGUAAUUAAUGUGUUUCAAAGCGAUGAUCUGAUUGUGAUAUAUACAAAACGCUAUAAUUAUUGAUGUUGUGUGAUUGUGUUAUAUUUGUGUGUUGCAUGCUUGAACUUUUUGAUAUGUAAAUCUUUAUUUUUGUGCAAGAGCCCCCUAGAUGAGCCAACGUGUGCUCCUGGGGCAGUUGCGCCAAAUAAAUAUGUUUAAACUAAACUUUCGUCAUUUUUUCAAAAUACAAAAGCAAAAUUCCUUACUUUUUGCUGCAGAGAGAUGUAAAACAGUCGGAACUAUCGGAAACUUGGUUUAAAUCCCAAGUCAUUGUUGUAUUCCCAUGGGAAAAGUGUUUUUCUUGCAAAUUUUUGCUCGAAAACAAACUUUUGACAGAAUUUUUUUUCACUCGAAACUCUCCUUAAUCCUUUUGAAAGCUGAUUUUCCCGCGCGCCGGCUUCAACGAAUCAUAGACUUUCAUCAUAGGAGUUAGCCUUCCAGUUAUUAUUAGAGUUCACUGGGUUCAACCAGGGCGCUAUAAAACACAGGCGGGGAAACGCGCUAAUAAAUGACCGUGCUACGUGUGAUGCACAUUAGGAUUGGCGCGAGCGCGCUUUCUCUAAAAAAAUCAGAAAAUCGCGUACAAGAUGGCAACAAAAAAAUGUAAACAAGCAAACGAGAAAACAAAGGAUUUAAAUGCUAAAUAAUUCUGUUUCGUUAAUUAAAAUUUGAAAUAUUAUUUAAUAAGGGACGGACCAUUAGAAAAGUGAUGGGGGGGGGGGGGUAAAUUUUUUUUGUUUGCAUUUUUUUUCCAGGUUGUCAGCUGUGUAUGCAUGUUUUUUUUAAAUAUGUCUUCUCGCAUGCAAUUUUUUUUCCAAUACAACUAUACAAAUGUUAACGAAACUGUUCUCUUGACAAAAAAUAUCCCUUUAAUACACACUGCAAAAUUAUAUCUUUUAGCACCAUAUAUGGACAAGUUUUCUAGGGGUCCAGAGCAUGCUCACCCGGAAAAUUUUUUAAUCUAAAUUCUCUGAAAUACCAUUUCCCGGACUUUGGGGAGAGAUUUUACAGAAUUCUGAUGGUCAGAAAACGCCAUUGUAACAUAUCAGAGGCCCUUGGCCAAUGUUUUUGCUCUAUAGCCUGAGCCUGGGGCCCCCCAUUUGCGGGCCCAUUGGAGUUGGUGGCCCCCGGAUUCUCCCAGUCCGAACCCAUAGUAGUUACGCCACUGAGGACAGUGGCAGAGUGAAUGAGAAUUAAUUAUUAAAUACAAUAGAAAAUAUUUUGAUAGUAUAUAAUAAAACUACAUAAGAGUUACUGUUAAUAUUGAAAGAAAUUGCAUAUUAAUAUAUUAUAUAUUUUGAUAUAUUUAUAUUCUGAAAUAUUCCAAAGAUUUAGUUCAAUUUUGUCUGAUGUACAUUUAAAAUUAAAGUUCUAUUGUUGUUCUGUUUGUAAUUUUUUUUUUAAACAAGUCUGUUUGCAUGUAUUUUUUUUCAAACCUUUUUUGUUUGCAUGGAUUUUUUUUCUGUUUUUUUCCCCACCCUCCCCAUCACUUUUCUAAUGGUCCGUCCCUAAGUUAUAUCACAUGUAAUAGCUUGUGUUGUUUGUUACUGAACACUCGUUGAAAGAAAAUAUCCGGGCAAAAAUUUUACUCGAGCGAUGAAAAUAUUUGCAAAAUUUAAAGCGCGGACGUGUUUAAAAUACUCGUUGAGAUAGGUUGAGAUUCUCCUCGUUGAGAUAGGUUGAGAUAAAUUUGAACACAUCAAACUAUAGACAUUUAACUUGGCUUUAUGUCUCAAGUAAAAUUGAACAGUGCUUUUUUGUGCUUUUUUUCAUAAAACGGAGAUAUCUUGCAGCCUUUAUAGUUUUCCGUAUACUCCACACGACAAUUCCGCGACUACUUAUAUACUUAUUUGAUGCAGAUAAGACGAUAUUUAAACAACACAAAUUUUCAAUUAUUAAUUAAACGAAAUCACUUCCUGCCUCAAAUACAUACUAUAAACGUCUAUAGUGAAGGAUCUAGUAUCAGCUUAUAUAGUUAAAAUUGGUAUCUAUUUCACAUGCAAAAUGAACAAAGCGAUUGUUGAGGAAAAGACAUGCAUUUUGAACUCGAUUUUGACGACAUUUUUUCUUUUUUGCCAAAGCGCGGACGUGUUUUAAAAUACUGUUUUCUCCUCGUUGAGAUAGGUUGAGAUAAAUUUGAACACACCGAACUAUAGACAUUUAACUUGGCUUUACACUGUAUGUCUCAAGUAAAAUUGAACGGUACUUUUUUGUGCUUUUUUCAUAAAACGGAGAUAUCUUGCAGCCUUUAUAGUUUUCCGUAUACUCCACACGAUAAUAUAGAUUUGCGACUACAAUACUUAUUUAUGCAGAUAAUACGAUAUUUAAACAACACAAAUUUUCAAUUAUCAAUUAAACGAAAUCACUUCCUGCCUCAAAUACAUACUAUAAACGUUUAGUGAAGGAUCUAGUAUCAGCUUAUAUAGUUAAAAUUGGUAUCUAUUUCACAUGCAAAAUGAACAAAGCGAUUGUUGAGGAAAAGACAUGCAUUUUGAACUCGAUUUUGACGACAUUUUUUCUUUUUUGUCAAAGCGCGGACGUAUUUAAAAUAGUGUUUUCUCCUCGUUGAGAUAGGUUGAGAUAAAUUUGAUCACACCAAACUAUAGACAUUUAACUUGGCUUUAUGUCUCACGUAAAAUUGAACGGGGCUUUUUUCAUAAAAUGGAGAUAUUUUGCAGCCUUUAUAGUUUUCCGUAACACUGUCACUGCAAUGUCAACGACUGCAGUCGCACGAAAAUAGAUUCACGCUGAAUAUUUUUGGAGUGCCGGCGGCAGUUAUACCAAUAAUAGAAAUCAAAUCAAUUAGUAAAAAACACUUUACAAUGAACUUUCAAUGGAUUCCAAGCAGGCCGGCUGAUUAACACAAAAACGGUUAUAUAUAUAUAUAUUUAAGUUUUCAAAUUGUCGAGCAAAUUGUAGUUGGUUUUUUUUUCAAAUUAUAGCUGUUUUAAGUGCAUGCAUGCAUGCAUGCAUGGUCAAUUUUGGGCUAUACGAUUAUUGAAAAAUAGUAGCCAAGCAAUGUCAGAAUAUUCUUACUGUGAAAAUGUUUAUCCUACCUUCGCAUUAUGAAAUAAAAUAUCCCAUUUCAUACCAAAAUUUUCGUAUUUGGAAUAUUCGAUCAGCUCGAUUCCUUUUCAAAUUUUCAUUUCGCUCAUGAUGAAUCUUUAAAGCCGUUUUUCCUUCAUCAGAUAUACAGAAAAUGAAUCCAACAAUGUCUUCAAACCAUCAAGUUGUUUAGGAAUGCAGAAAACAUUUUUUAUUUUAGUUUUUUCAGCUCUUUUUUGCAUAAACAUUCCAAUUCCAUUUUUAUUGACAUUAUAAACUAAUGUAUACGGGGGGUACGCGCAUCACACAAAGAUCAGGGGCGCUAUCUCCGUUUCACCGCCCGUGUUUUAUAGCGCCCUGGUUCAACCAAUACGCAGGUACACGCGUAAGAAUUAUGAGCCUGCUGUUUAACAGGUUGAACAAUGUUGUGCGGCCAACAUUUUUCACCCUUGUUAACAAUAUUGAACAAAUAUUGUUGAGCCUGAAUCGGGUGUAACAAUAUUGUUCAACUUGUUGACAACUGUGAACAAUGUGGGCCGCAUAACAUUGUUCAAUCCUGUUUUCAUCAAUAUUGCAACAACCUGCAUGAUCGUUUUUAGCUGUGUAAUAUACCAGAAACAUUUGAGUGAUUGCUAAGUUUCAAAAUUCAAAGAACACUAUAUCAAUAGCAUAUAAACAAACAAGAUAAAAAAUCCUAUUGCAUAGUCAGUUCGCUCCUUACCUUGCGGCCAUUUUGACUUGAGUUCGUGAUCCAUUGCAUGUCAGCGGUUCACUUCAUGAACGUAGGUCGAUUUCACGUUGACAGAAAAUUAGGGAACCUUAAUCCACAUCGAUUCUCACUUAAGUUGGAAAUCACAAAUCUUUAUUUCGAAAGAGAUUAAAAGAAGUAUAUUGGAAUAAUUUGCUUCUUUUUCUUACAUAUGGGAAAAUUAUUUGGCGUAAUACAUACAUGACGAUUUUGUCCUCUUUGAACUUAUUACAAAAAGAAAGCUGUGCGUUUAGUGACAUUCUCAAGUUUUGAUGAACACACUGAAUCUUUAUUUGAAAGAAAUGGAUUAUUAAAACUACUAACAUGGCGUAAUAUUUCUCUACAACUCAUUAUUUAUGUAUGAUUUCUACAAUAAUAAGCCUUUUUACCAUAGACGGAUUUUCAUAUUUUUUACUGGGGUGGUGCCAGAAAUUUUAGGGGGUGAGCCGUGAGCAGGUGACUGAAGCAACACAAAGUGUCACCAAACCCCAGUAAGGUCUAUAUUCUAGGGGUGGAGUGCUAGAGCCGCGAGGGGGAGUUUAGAGAGCAGAAAACAAAGUAUCCCUGGAAAAAUUUGAAAAAAAUCAUGCAUGAUUUCUAGCUUCGAAAAAAAGUUUUUUGAAGUUGUCAUAUCAAUGGAUUUGGCAUGUCCGAUUGUCUGUUGAGACUUGAGAGAGUUAAAGUUAAAUGAACCUGUAAAAGUGUAAACCCAAUAGGCGAAUACACAAUAUGCGUUUACUUUUAUAAAGUCAUUGACAUUGUGUCGUUUGAAUCCGAGUACAAUUUAUUAUGCAACUCCGAUGUAAAUAAUAUUUGGGGCGUAAAGAUUAAAUCUAGGCAAGUCUAUUUCCUAAAAGAAUUAAAAACUAAAAAUAAUGUUCGUAAAAAUUCCAAACGUUCCUUGCAAGCAAGCUAUUUGCAUUACAAGGCACUGCAAACCCUAUACAGAGGAGAUGAUAGAGUUUCAAUUUUACAAUUGCUCCAAUAAACUAGUGAAUCCAAGCGAGGAGCAAUUAGUUUCAGAGUGUUGCACUGUCUUUUUCUGUUUGAGUGUACUCCGACCUACGUUUAUUUUGUAUCAUCAACACUCUGCACGUUGGAGUGGACUAUUUAAUUAUUUUUUAUUAUGCCGAAUAUUGGGGGGGGGGUGGGGGGUUGAAAUUUUUUUGGAGGGGUGGACAUUUUGUUUGGGGGGUUAUAGCUAAUAUUGGGGGGGGGGGGUUAGCACCCCUCUGCACCCCCACAAAAUCCGUCUAUGCUUUUUACCAUUUGAAAGCUUUUUUUACCUGUUAAAUUAAAACAUAUAUAUAUAUAGUUAUAACACUCGCCUAGCCUAAAAAAAAUCGUAUUCUCCACCCUUCAUCAGAAGUUUCAGAACAAUUAUGGAAAAUCCUCUAUACGAUUUCAAGGUCCAAAUAUAUGGAACGAUUUAGAUGAAGAAAUGAAAAUGUUUUCCUGAUUCAUGUUUAAAACUGAAGAGUAUUAUCAACAAUUUAUUUAAUAACUGAUUUAAUAACGUUGUUUUAUAGUUUUUGUUGUUUUUUAAUGUCUUUUGUACAAGUUUUUCGUUUAUUUGCGACCACAUAAUGUCUCAAAUGAACCAGAGGUUAUCUGACUGGAUUAACUAAUUGUUAUUUCAGAUAACUUGCACUGUUUAUUUAUUAGGUUAUUAAUUUAGUUGAGUUUAAGUUUGUUGUAUACUUGUAUGAUUCUAAUGGUGCUAAUAAAGUUUAUUGUAUUGUAUUGUGACACCACUCCUCAGUUCUAAAAAAAUGAAAGACGCACUCGCUAUGUUCCUAACCAGUGCGCUAACUGCGCUUACUACGAGAGGCAUUGGAGAGGUUUAGCAAAGACGACGUGAAAAUGGCGUGGGGACAUCCAUAGAUGAGCAUAUCACGCCAUCUUCACGUCGUCUUUGACGUCGCGUCGUCUUUACUUUACCUCUCUAUUCACCCCCCAGGAACGUCCGCCAUUUACCGGUUGAAUACCCCUCAUAAGCGCACUGGCAUUGCAACGGUUACGCCAAAAUCAAAGGCGAAUCCAAGAUGUAGGACUUCUGUUCGGUUUCUAUUCUGUGUUUCGGGUACCGUACACUCUAUUUUACAUAUUAAGAUGUUAAUUCGAUAUGUAAUAUAUAAUUUUUUUGUGUUGGUGUUAUUGUACUCAGGUGAAUAUGAUGUGUGUGAUGUUACUCUGAGUGUGUGAUGUAUAUCAUAUCUGAAGAUGAUGUGUGUGAUGUUACUCCGAGUGUGUGAUGUAUAACAUAUCUGAAUAUGAUGUGUGUGAUGUUAUUCUGAUACACACUCAGAGUAACAUCACACACAUAAUAUUACUGUUGUUGUAUUGAAUAAAAUUGGUCCGAAACCCCGCCGUUCUCAAAGCCGUAUUUCAACAAAUAUUAGUAAGGAAGUAGAAUAGUUAAUCAUGUCCGCGUGAUUACCGACAAAUAUCAUAAAAUCCAGGUUUCAUUAUUUUUUGCUGAGAUCUUCCAUCUAUCGUUCAGGUUGCAGAAAGCAGAGAGAUGCACUCGCGUAAUAGUGUUGAAAACGGCGAGUUCGAUGGAGCUGUCAAGGUCUCUCAUCUGGUAAGAAACUUUGUAUACCGUUUAGUGUUAUAGUAUAUGGUACAGUAAUCCUGCUGGCCGGAUCAAUUUCUUCCGCAAUGGCGGAAAAGCUCGAUGUCUGUAACAUUUUGUAACAUUUUGUAACAUAUCGAUAAUUAUCGGCUAUAUUCGAUAUUGCUUUUUCAAAAACAUCGAUAUAGCAAGGGCGGAUUUUCAUAUUUUUUUUUUUAAAGGAGGUGUGAGAAAAUUUCUAUUGGGGUGUAAGCGGAGCCUCGGCGUGGGUUAGGCGUCAAGGCUGUUUUCCACUAGGCCGAAUUUUUCGCGCGUAGCGGAAUUUUUCUUUGUCUUGUGAAUUCUCGGGUGGAACUAAUUAGUUUUGGGGUAUAUUCUGUUAUUGUUUGACAUUUUAGAAAACGCAGGACAUUUUGUUGAAACCCUCGAUUUGUGUAUUUUCUAGAACCUUGUUGAUUUGGCUGGCUCUGAAAGAGCCUCGGUGACCGGAGCAGAAGGUAUCCGUUUGCGGGAAGGGGGUUUCAUCAACAAAAGUUUGUUCGCCUUAGGAAAUGUCAUCAAUAAACUCAGCGAAGGAGAGAAGUAUGAUUCACUUGACAAUAUAUAUUUACUUUUUUUUAUUUUGAUUUUAUUGAGUGCGUUUUUUUACCAUGGAUAGUUAAAAAAUGAUAGGAAACUACUGUAGCUAAAUUCAGACUGGCUUUCAGUCGAUAUUUUUGACCAUUUCCAUUGAAAAAGCAUGUCCAUAGUACGUACAUCGACUGGCAAAAAACGUGCAUGCGUAGUCCAAAACGAGCAAUACCAUUGAAAUUGAUAUAAAUUAAUAUUUAAUCAUGCAGGGGUGGAUUUAUGGGGGGCGUGCCCCUGUUAGACUGGGUCAACAGGGGUGUAAGGGGAGUGCAAAAAAAUCAAAUUCAGAAAUAUGGCACGAUUUCUUUUUUGAAGUCAAACUGAAGUUCGUAAUUCAAUGCCCAUAUUGCAGGAAAUGACAUUUCUAGGGUUCUAAUUUUCAAAAUGUUCCGGGGGGCAUACCCUUGGACCCCCUAGGGAGCAUGCGCCUUCGGCGCCCAAGUCGUCAGGAAGCCAAUUCAUUUGAAGCUCUCCCACCACCCCCUAAAGAAUUAUAAAGAAACACUCGGCUGCUCACCCAGCACUCCCCUAGAAAAACCUUGCUGGAUCCACCCCUGUAAUCAUGUAACUUCAGAUCACGUGUUCUCAUUUUUUUAGUUGUUAAUAAUAAGUUUUCAUUGUUUUUUUAUCGUUGUCAUUUUUUUAGUUGUUAAUAAUAAGUUUUCAUUGUGUUUAAACGUGUUUUUAUUGUCCAUGUUUUUACUAAAGCUCGUUCUUCAAUAUAAUAAUUUACUUUAUUUUUCUAUUGUUUAUAACUAACAUGUAGUAAUAUGUUCUAUGUUCCUAGCACCUUUGUGCCUUUCCGCGAUUCGAAGCUUACUCGUAUCUUACAAAAUUCUCUGGGCGGAAAUGCGAAGACUUCUAUCAUUUGCGCCGUUACGCCGGCUUCUACUGAUGAAACGCUGAGUACACUUCAGGUUUGAAUUUUACAUAUUGUACCGAGUGCAAAUUUCUUACGUAAUUUAUACUUUUUAAGAGUCUCGACUGCGCAUACAUUUGAUGCGUUCUGCGUCGGGAUAGAUCGCGAGAUCUCAGAGACUCGAAUCAAAUAUAUGCAUGUUAAAGGGCAUAUGACUCGAAAAUUGUCGGUGUUGUUAUUUAGUCUAAUUUGAAAGAUCAUUGAAAACUGUAGAGUAACUUCUUUGACAGAUUUUUGUUUUCUUGCUUCGAUUUGGAGAUAUCUCAUUUUGUAUGAUUAUGAUAUGCAAAGACCAAUUUUCUACGUCACACAUCACGCAUGCAUAUUAAUGACUUACUUUAAAAUGUUAUACAAUUUUGUCACUGUCAAAUAAAUUCGCUCAAAAUGACUGAUGACCACGUGAUUUGUCCACAACAACAUCCAUGUAGGUUUUUACUGAUUGUGUUUAGUCGUAUUAAAGAUAUACUGCUUUUAGGGCUACAUCGUUAUGUGACGUAGGAAGUUAGUACAUAACUUUGCAUAUCAUACAAAAUAUCUUCAAGACGAAGCAAGAAAACAAAAAUCUAUCAAAGAAGUUUCUCUACAGUUUUCAAUGAUCUUUCAAAUUAGACUAAAAAACAACACCGUCAAUUUUCAAGUCACAUGCCCUUUGAAGUAAUGAACUGCUCGCUCAUCAAAGAAAACUCCUUUUACCUCUGAGUUGGUGCAUGGCUUCUCGCUAUGGACUCGUGUGAAACUCAAGCGUAUAUAUGUCUUAUGGAACGAACAUUCAGAGAACAUUAAAUGCAUUUUAAACACAAAUUGCUUUAAGGUGGCUCGCUACACUUUUUUUAAAAAUUAAAGAUUUUUGAUUUGGAUAUGAAUUUCUGGAGAAUUAUUAUUUGUUUUAAAACAAAGAGUGUCUGACUGGUAUAACACAAUAACUAAGGAGUUCGGAAUUUUAAAAACACUACUAACCGCCCUUGCUAUGGCAGCGAUGACUUCACAACCUUGCGGAUAUUUAACUCGAAAAAAAGUUUGGUUACCCAAUUGUAUUUGAACAGUUGAAUAUUACCAUAUGUAAUCUGGUUUGGGUAUUUUCCAUUUUGGUGCAAAAUAAUUGGGUUUUCUAUUUUAAGUUUGCAAGUCGAGCGAAAAGAAUCAAGAACAGGCCAGAAGUCAAUGAGGUUAGUUUUCGCAUCUUUAACUAAAUCUAAUCGGGUUACAGGUUAAGCCCAGAAAUGUUCGGGCGGACGUAACCUGAAUACGGGUUAGUAUCGUCUCUUUGUGGGGUCGCGUCUAAGUGCUUCUUAAAAAAUCUGAUUCCUAUCUUCACUUCCUAAACCUGCUGGAAAAUGGCCUAAGCAACACUCAUGGACAAUUCCCUAUCUUGGAAAUUUAUUUCCAAUAUGAACUUGAGUGUUAUUUUUACAGGUCCUUGAUGAUGGCACAAUGUUAAAACGCUGUCGAAGGGAGAUAAACGAACUCAAACGGAAACUUGAAAAGGUUGGUAAAAUUGGUGGGAAAAUGUUUGAGCACACAAACACACCGCUCGCAGGAAUUUUUAUAGAUCCGAAGAAAUUUUUUGGGUUGAAGAUUCUCUGUAUAUAAUGCUAUUGUUCGACCAUAUUUUGAUUAUGAAGUAUGUGUUUGGAGAAAUGCAGUCGAAAAGACUCCAAAAACUACAAAACAGAGCUUCUCGGAUUAUUAUGAAUAUGAGCAAUGACAUAGAUCAUCGCCCCCCUCGUGCAAAUCAGCUUCAGUUGUCGGGGUCAUCGUGUUUAAAUAAAGUUUUCUAAUAUGUACUAGAUAAAACAUGAGCAGCCGAUCUUUAUCUGAUAGAGAAACUCGAGCCGAAGACGAGAGUUUGUAUAUCAGAUAAAGAUCGGCUGCUCAUGUUUUAUCGUGCUUAUAAAAUGACCCAUCUUAUGAGUUCAUUGGUGAAGCAAUUUUAAAAAUAAACUUUGUCUAAGCCGAGAAAAUCAAAGGUGAAGUUUAUGUAAAUCAGGACAAAUCUUUAUCCGAUUUACAAACAUUGAUUAAACAUUCGUUUCUUUUGUAUUUUCCUCAUGAAUUAUUAAUGAGUUUUAUAACUAUCUAUGAUCAUCAAUUCAUGAUUGACAUGCAUAUUUAUCAUAACUAAUCGUGCACUGGAAAUAGUGUCGUUUGAAUAAUGUCAACUUAUAUUGACAAUCUUUCUUUUCCAUAGUCGCACAGUAGGGAGGAAGUACUAAAACGCGAAAUGGAACUGCAAAUGGAAAAAGAUAUGGUGAGUUAAUUGUAGGAAAAAAAACACCCUGCACUUACGUAUUUCGGGUUGAGUGGCUAAAAUGAGAUAUGAAAUACAGUCGAACUAGUCUGCGUGCGGUCCCUCCUUUCCACGGGUCUAGAUUUCCGGACAUGCGAAAGGAAAGGAGCGACUCUGACAACACAUUAUGAAACAAAUACGCGUUUCUCACUCCAAGCAAAAUUCCCAUUGGUCGAAAUCGAUACGCCUGUCAAUCAAAUCUGAUUUGAAGUGUGUUUUCACAAUAAUAUUGGAGGCAUUUUGCAUCAUAGCGCUCAUGUAAGGAUGCAAACAACUAUAAAAAUCUUAUGUUUCGUCAUAUGUGUUGAAGAGUACCACAAAUUGAGACCAUUUUUAUUCCAGUCCCCCUCGGCAAUUUUAAGCUCGCUAAUUAGUGCUUCUGUACUGGGCUACGAUAAGAAGGGGGCUAAAAAGAGCCUUGGAUUGAAUAGAGGGGAAUACGGUAUUCCAGAGUGAGUGCCCAAAAUGAAAUAUUACUAUUUCUGAAGGACGUAUUUUCAUCUAUUUAGAUUCAAAAAGAACUUGAGGAACAGAGGAAAGUGGCAGUGAGUUGGACCAUUUAUCUUUGCCUUGCCCUGUGAAAUUUGUAUUUCAUGUAAUAGCUAGCAACCUUAUGGCAACUUAGCGUAGCCGGCCCGACGAUUUAUUCCCGUUAUGGAAAUAUUUUCGUGUCCAUUGACUGUGAAAACAAUUAUUUAUAAAGAAAUGAAUAAUGAUAAUAAUUUUGAUUAUGCAUAACGGGACUAAUUGUCGGCCUUGUUAUGUCACGGGGGGCUUUAAGAUGCCGACAACGAACAACGGGUGCGGAGUACGGUUGAAAGCUUGUUUUCGCAUCGCUUUAACAAAGGCAGACAAAAUUUACAUAUCCCCUUGGUAACAGCGUGAAAAUCACAUUCUUGUGUUGUAAAACAGGAUCAAGAACAUAGCACCGAAACUGACUGCGCAACGUUGCAGGUUGGAGAGUAUUUUAAUAAGAAAUGAUGAAAAUUAGACAGGGUGUCCACGGGCCUUGAAAAUCCUGGAAAGUCCUUGAAUUGGAAAAAAAUAUUCCAGGACUGGAAAGUCCUGAAAUAUUUUGCAUGCAUGAUAUUUGACAUGCAGUCACGCGUUUAUAUAUAUAUUAUAAGCAUAUGAUUUAUAGUAACAGGAAUACAGUACGUUGGUUUUUGCAAACUUCUUACAAAUGUUCUUUUUGUUUGUUUUGUAGGACGAAACGAAGGCAAAGUUACGAGAUUUAGCGAAUAUAUUUUGUACAGCACAACCAAAAGAGUCCGAGUCUAAACAAGUAAUGAAUACAAAUUUCUGUAAUUCACAUGCACCUGUCUUACCCAAUCUAUCAUUCAUUCAAGACAAACGAUAUCACGUUUACAGAUCUUAUCGUCACCAAAUCAUGGAAAAUAUUAUAUACAACCGAUCUUGAAAUAAAAAAUAUAGUACAUGUAUAUAUAUAAGUCCUUUAUUUGUUUGAUCUAUUAUGAUACUCCUGUAUUUAACAAUUAAUUAUCAAAACGAGUAUCCAUUUUCUGACUAAUACAAAAAUUGCCAUCGAAAAUUUGCCAUGUCCUCCAUAAUGCAUACUAUAUAUCAGGCAAAACAAUAUUCGGUAGACCCUGUCAGUAAUACGUUGUUUAUUUUCACUUCAACAGCGCAAACAACGUCGUUGGACGGUCUGUCCAAUGGGCGCUCACCGCAAUUCACUCCUGCAGUUAGAUAUGCCAUUUGACGGCGAGUUUGGUAAACCAUCAAGAAGAUUGGAACGAUCAUUUGCGGGUAGCCCAAGUAAAGGUUUUGGUGAAGAGGUCAGCAGUGCCGACUUUAAUGUGGAUAGCCAUCAGCGAUUCUUUGACGAUCUUCAUGAACGAGAAGAAGAAACAUUUGCUGAUGAGAGGUGAGUGCUAGAGAUGAGCUUAAAAUCUUACACAGAAUUACAUCCGAUUCGUGUUGAAAAGGUUAAUUGUUGCCUUUUGUGGAUUGAAAUAAUAGUCGAGCAUGCAUACGCCGCUGCUAUUUUUCUCCUUGUUAUAGAACCUGCAUACGGAAAGUGAUGUGAGCGAAAUAUAAACAGUCUGUGUUAAUUUUCGCAAAGUACAGUACAGUGCAGUAUGAUCGGUUGAAGGAAUAAUUUCUUGAAUAAUUCCUUAAGUUUAGGGUUCCUAGCGUCUUUGAAAUCCUUGAAAGUCUUUAAAUUUGAAUGCAGGUCUUUAAGGUCUUUGAAAAGUCUUGGAAUUGUGUGAAAAAGCGAAGAAAGUCUUUGAAAUUAAUUCUUUAGUGAGUAUUUGAUUAUACAAUUUCCUAGCUAAUUACUAGGCAAAAAUUGUGCUUAUUGUACACUCGCAAUUUUUCGACAGCUCAUUGCUCUCAAAGGUCUUUGAAAAGUUUCUGAAAAUAGGCUGAAAUAUCUUUGAAAGUCUUUGAAUAUUUUUGGUCUUGGCGACUACGAACCCUGACUGUUAAAAAUGGCUGUUAAUUAAACAGUUGUGAGAGAGUGAGUAUCCAGAGCAUGCCUUAAUUAACUGUGUCAUUUUCCCGUGAGAAACUGUGUCACCACAUUGCUCUCGCCUUUUUUUUCUUUGAUAAGAUUCAAAGGAAUAACUAUGAAUUGUCCGUUAUUGUUCAUAUUAUACUAAACUUCUAUGAAAUAAGUCCUGAUGAAAAAGAGACCAAAUCUAUUUUCAGGUCGUUGAUCUUCUUGAUGUUGGCUGACUUCUUUUAUAAAGUCCAGCAGCUUAUCAUCUCCGACCCCGUUGUCCUGUACAAGUUCCACUGUAGUUAGCUUCUCUUCAUCAUGCACUGCUUUGUUCGUCGACGGGUUUAACUACUUUCAAAUGCAGGACCGCAGCAACCGGGGGCGGGGGGCUUCACUGCUUCAAUAAUUUGUAAACUAGGGAUAAUUCUGUAAAAUUUGAGAGCGAAAUAAUGACCUAAUGAUCGCCCCUGGCUAAUCAGCCCCCAACACACAAUUGCUUCCUAUGGUAUAGUGAAAUGAGACACAUGACGCGUGAUGGUGCGUCUGUCAUUUCUUGCCGUAGCCGCGAUCGUAAAAUCGCUCGGGAUUGAAUCUUGGAGAUAACUUGUUUGUUUUCUGUUUACAAAUAACGAUGUCCCCUUCCUCUUGGAUGUCUUGGUGUUUUUCUUGGCAUCGUAGUACUGCUUAUUACUGAUCUUUCUUGUCAAUGUUUUCCUUGGCCCUUUGGUGCUUCUUUACGACCUCUUGUGUUGACAGCUCGGGUAGACUUCCUUGCACCUUUCGGUUAAACAUAAUUCAUUUGGAGGUAUCUUUGUAGUUGGCAUGCGGUGUUGAGCGGUAGUCUAAUAGAAAUCUUUGAAGUUCUUGUUUCCAAUUCUUUCCCUCUAACCUAACUUAUUCAACCUCGUAUUCAACAAAAUAUAUUCCGCUUUUUUCCAGUGUGAUCAGUUCAGUCGGGGAAUAUAGGAAUUCUCUUAAUUCAGCGGUAAGUUCAAACUUUUUGUAUGUUACGUAACACGCCCUCAAAAAGGACGCGUUUAAUAUACUACUUGUUAAAUUAAUUUUCUAAUACCUAUAAGGGACCGGUUAUUAAAUAUGGCAGGGGGGGAUGGAGGAGAAACUAGAAAUUUUGAAAAAAAUUUUGGGGCUCCCCUCAAAAUUUAUAUGCCUUUUCAAGGACCCCCGUUAUGCAUUUUAUACUUUUUAAAGCCCACCCCCUCUUGUACCGCUUGGAAAUAUAGUUUUGCAUUGAUGGCUGGCCCGAUUAGGACAAAGCUUAGGAGAGCAAGUGAUCAAUGAAGAGUAUUACACCCGUUUUCAAAAUUACGCGACCAAGGACGAAAAUGCUAGAGUUGAUAAGUCAGUUUUAUGUCAUUCGGUCACAAAGUUUAAACUUUGAGUUUUGCGGUUCCUUGUCGAUGUAUAUGCUUUGUAUGCUUUAUAUAAACAGGCUUACAAUAACUUUCAAGAUAUUUUAGUGAGAAUUAUUGCAAAAUUUAAGCACAAACAAAAUCAUAACAUGACCGUUAUAGUCUAGCGCGCGUGUUUUAUACUGACAGCUAAAUUCCAGGAUAAAUUGUUAUUUUUCAAAUUUUAAAAGUUUUUCACGACACAUAUUUCUGUAGUGAUGGUUUGUAUUGUGCUUUAGUUUGUAUAUCUAAGUUAUCUAACUCAUUUUUGUUCAGUUUUGGUAUUAAAUACGGUUUAAAAUGUCUUUUGACAGUUUGUUUACGUUUGCUAUUUUUAGCAGUUUUUGUGACAUAAAACUGACAUUUGAAGUAAGAGUAUUUUUCAGGGAGGUCGCGUAAUUUUGAAAAUGGGUGUAAAAGAGAUAUAAAAUUUAAUGAAACUAGUUAAAUAAAUAUUUUAGAAUCUAUUUAGGUAGGUUAUUCUAUGGCCUAUGCUUGUCUCGCCUACAUCCACUGAACACUAUAUACGUACUCAAUAUGAUACAAACCGAUACGAACACUAUAUACGUACUCAACCCAGUAUUCCAGUUUAAAGGGUAUUUUAUGCAUCUCGUUUGGCUGUUCAUAGUAUAUAACGAGAAACAAUCCUUUUGUUGGGAAAAAUCCGAAGACACCCCCUCUUUACCAUGGCUGGCAAUUUAAUUUUCCAAACCCCCACCAUCUCGAGAAAAAUAAUUCAAGGACCCCCUACUUUCUCCUCCACCCCCUUACCAUAUUUAAUGACCGGUCCCUAAUACGUUUCGCUAUCGGGAAACGAAGUUGUUUGCUCGAAAGUUGUAUAGAGGUUUUAGAUGGUCCGCCGAAGAGAAAAUUUUGUCUGAAGUUCAGUAAAUUUUGCUUGUAUUGCCGUAAACAUGGCGUCCAUUUUGAAACAUCGUUGAUAAUCAUUUUAAUUCACAAUUUUUUUACUGUUAUUUUAUGAUUGUUCCUCAACGACUGAUCUAUUUAAAAACAAGAUGACUUAUAAACUUUAAGUAAAGCGAAAACAAAUUUAUUUUGAGGUAUAUACGCAAAAAGAUUUCAAGUUUUUAAUGCUUUCACCGCAAAUUACGCCGCAUAAAAAAAUUGUCCUCCUAAAACUUUAUUCCCGUAAAACUUUGUUAGAUUAUCUAUAGAUGCACUCUGUUUUUCAAAAAGGUAAAACUUUAAAAACUCUUUCUUCUAGAAUAAUUCAGAAGCAAAAAUUGCAGACCUUGAGUCGGAAGUAAAAAGGUAAAACUGAAAGACAGAGGAUGCAUGGGGAAACUUCUUAACCACUGAAUAUAUAGAGUUGAACUUGAAUCACUUUUUGCUACAACCACACUGAUCAGUUUACGAAUCCUUUGUGUUUGAUGUUUUGAAGACGGAUACAAAAGUCUGCCCAAGGGGGAGCACGCCAGAAAUAACUUCCAUUUACUUUUUUGUUUUGAUUUUUUUUUUAUACAUCGCCAUUUUGAUAACUUUUUUACAGUAUUACGAUGGUGUUGCGAACACGUACAGAACAACUUCUGGAAUUUAAAAUAAUAUUGCGAGCCAGAGAAAUUAAAUAGAUAAACUGCCUAUCUUUUUCUUGAAGCCAAAUCUCUGGGGUUCAAGAUCUGCGUGUUUGCGCCUCGGGUUCUCUCGCGAGACCAUUUCGGAACGCCAUGGUAAUACUGUAAUUUAUGAAAUACUAAAAUAGAUCAUCGCGAAAUUAUCGUAAAAAUAAGCUGGCACGAAGUGAAAUAUGCCAGGAAGGCAAGACAGAGAACUUUUGUAAAUAACUCAUUAAUUAGUGAGCUGUUAGAAGUAUUACACUAAUAUAAUCACCACUGAUUUAAAAGCCUUGAUAAAACUUGUCCUUGUCACAGAGGAGAGAUAUACAGAGAGGAAACUGACACUCUAUAACCUCAAUUUUUGUGUCACGCGUUCCACGCAAAAUCUUCCAGCCAGUGCCGUCGCUGAAAUUUCAUAGCAAAAGAUAGGGAAAACGCCGUUCGAAAGGUGAAAAUCGAUUUUUUUUAAAAAAUGGAAAUUUUGUUCAAUAAAUUAUUGUAGAAUAACGGUAUAAGCGAUCACUUUUAUUGAUUUCCUUUUAUUAAAAACAUAACAUUUUAUUUAGCAAAAGUUGUUUUUUUCCGCUAUCUACUCUUUAUUAAAAUCGUGAAAUGCACUGGCUGAGAAUUUCAGAUGCUCGUGUAUAAAUAACAAAGCAGCAAAUGAUAUAAAUUCUUCAAAAUAUAAUUCUUGCAUAAAAAAAACAUGAAUACUUCUAUAAUAUGUAUAGUUUUAUUCCUCUGCAUGCAUUAUUAAAAUUUAAUAGAAUAGUGAAUUAAUAUAAUUUUGUAUAGUUAAUAGACUGAAUAUAUCGGCGUGACAUCAUUUGCCGCGUGUUUCCUCUCUGUAUGUCUCUUCUCUGUGUCCUUGUUGAGUACUAUAAACCAGCAGAUUAUGUUUUUGCAUUUGCAAUAGUAUUAAAUUAAUUUUGUACCUGCGUAUACCUCCCCUUAGAAUGUGUUUUCUAUUUCCACUAAAGUGCAAAAGUUAAGUUUUUUAGCCGGAAGCGGUUCUUGUAUUUUGGGUGCUCAAACACCUCCGGACUUUUCCGGACAUUCUGCUUCCUUUUAAUCCUAUCUCAAUAAAGAGAUGCCUUCACUAGUCCUGUCAACCUUUAUAAUAUGAAGAAUCAAUAUUUAUACCAGAUUUUUCUUUGCAGAUUGACAGAGGAGCGUGAUACGAUAAGAAAUGACCUGUCGGAAAACAUUUCAUCUGUAUGUAUUUUGUUUAUACUAUGACACUAAAGCACUGGUCGAAGUAGCAAAUAUUGUUGCAGAGAAAAGGUUUCCCGCUAUGUUUCCAGAAUGUGGACAAAGCAGGAAAUAUUGUUUAGGUGUAUUCGUAGUUAUGUUUCCAUAACCUGGAAAAACACGAAACAAACUAAAAUCACAACAUAAACAAGAUAUGAAGCAUUUUAGCUUAUCCCGGACAGCAAAAUUUGUUUUUGUAAUAGCGUUUCCUAAGAUAGGAAAGCAAGGAAAGUUUGCAGGAAUUUUGUUCUUCAGGGUUUAAUAAUUAUUUCGUUAGACGAAUGGAAGAGUUAACAUGUUAUACGUGACAAGUUUAUUCGUAAUGUUUAUUUAUUUAGUCGUGUGAAAUUCAAGAAGAUUUACUGAAGACGAAAGAUAAGCUGAAAGAAAAGAAGCAAGAGAACCGCGCACUGCAGGAACGUUUACAGCAAAUGGAGGCUUUACAUGCGACGAGUGAUGAUGUUAGCGAGAAUAAUAAUGUAAGUUGCACGAUUUGGUUGCCAACUUUAUUUGGAUAUAUAGUAUAGUACAUAAAUUAUUAAAUUAUCAUUUGAUAGAACUUAUUUGUAUACAGCUAAUUCAAAAAAGGUUCUUUUUGUUUUUUAUAAUGACUAAUUUAAUUAAAUUUUAAAAUUUAAGUCUUGUUAUUGGUCAUUAUAAAAACAAAAAUAAUUUAUUUAUUUAUUACUUAAUGAGGCUAAGGAAAAAGUUUGAUACUAAAUAUGCUAAAAAAGGUUGUGCUUUGGCAGGCUUUGCAAACCUUAACUCUAAACCUUAAACUGUAAGCGUGCAAAACAUAAUGGAGAGAUGGUAAAUGUGAAGACAUGGUAAAUAUGAGAACAAUUCAUUCACAAAUAGCUCCUUACGAGAACAAUUCAUUCACAAAUAGCUCCUUACGAGAACAAUUCAUUCACAAAUAGCUCCUUACGAGAACAAUUCAUUCACAAAUAGCUCCUUACGAGAACAAUUCAUUCACAAAUAGCUGUAAUUUUCAACUACUAAGUUUAAAACCUGUGCUUCCAUUAAGCUUUGCGCGCUUGGAGUCUAAGGUUUGCAAAGUACAACCUUUUUUGAAUUGGCUGUAUCACGGUUAAUAGACCUAUUAACCGUGGCUGUAUACAUGCUGUAGUAUAGUACAUAAAUUACUAAAUUUUUAACUGAAUGUCGAAGGUUUUUGUAGAUGAAUAUAUAGAGAUUUUCUAGCUACAACAAGACUCUGAAAUAUAUAAAUUUAUACAAUUGCUAUCUGGUCAGCCUGCAUGGCAGGCGGUCCCUAAAAUCGGGCAAGCCUAGACCGCCUGCCAUGCAGGCUACUAUCUGGUGUGUAUUGUGGCCGAGAACUAUAAUUCAAUAUUUUGACAGAAAGUACAAAACUCGUGGUAUUAACGUGGUAUUAAGUGAGAAUAUAAAUCCUAUACCUGAUUAAGAUAAUUUGAUGAAGUGUAAUAUAUAGUGAGCUUAAAAUGGCUCCCUACCGUUUUAGGUCUGUGUCGCGGAAAUUUUGUCCACGCGCGAGAUUAGUAGUGCUACACGCAACACGCGUGGUCGACGUUGUACACGUGGCGGGUUUUUUAAAAUUGCGUCGUGAUAUACACGCGCGGGACUUCGUGGGAUUGUCGGCUGGUCGCGCGAUGAAAUUGAAAUCCUGAUUUUUGUGACGUCUCACGUGUUUCCUUCGGUAAAAUUUUUUUAAAACUUCACACACUUUUCUGCAAUCUUGAAGUGCGUAUUAAAAUGUGCAAGUUUUAAGAAAAUCGUACGAGCCAAAUUUUUUUUUUGAAAAAAUUCUCGUACGAUUUUUUUUUAAAUGUAUCAUUUGAAGGAAUUAUAGUUCAGAUUACUGUGUGCAAAAAAAUAAAAAGUUUUACAGAAGAAAUUUUUAAAAAAUUGUUAAAGAAUCUGCAAAUUGGCCCUUUUUAAAAUCGCUUUGUUACCAUGGCAACGGAGAUUUUUCGUAAUUUGCGAUAUUGUAGCAGUUAUGUGGCUGAGUUUCGGAGUUUCGUGAUCAUACUUUGCAAGAUGAUAAAAUAUAAUGGUUUUUGGAAUGCAAUUGUGUGCUGUACAAUCAAAACUGUAGGGAGCCACCUUAAGCAAGGGACGUUUUUGUCAACACGGACCUCACCAGAAAAUUGAUAUCAAAUUUUGGCGGCGUUUUGCAUCAUAGCGCUUUUGCAAGGAAGCAAAAAAACUUUAAAAAUCUUAUGUUUUGUCAUAUGUGUUGAAGAUUACCACCAACUGAUACAAACACAGUUUUUAAUCCAGUUCUCCCUCGGCAAUCUGACGUCCUUGUUGACAAAAACGUCGCUUGCUUAAGCCGUUAACAUAUUGUAAAACACCGCUUCUCCUCUUUUACAUUUAUGACAUCGUUGGGGGCAACCCAGGGCUUCUGCGCUUGCACCUUUGCGUCCCGGUCCCGGCGCAACCUCUGGGUGGACCCUAGUUUAAAUAUAUGAUAUUAUUUAGAUAUUUGAACAAGAACUGUUAAAGUACAAGGCUGAAAUUGAGGAAUUGAACACAAAACUUGAAGCGGCUGUUUUCGCCAAAGAUGCGGCUGUCACAAAAUGUCAGCAGUUGCAAAAACAGCAAACAGAACUUGAGGAGAAGGUUAGUGUCAUAUCUACCUUCACAUUUCAAUGGGGUAAUGGCCAAAAAGAGGUGAUCGGUAACAUAAGCCUAUACUCGUUCAAUUUAACAAACUUUCAUUUGUAGGGAUGCAACUAGCUGAAAGUAUAUAAGGAGAAUUUCAACGUUUCGAGCGGAGGCCCUUCAUCUGGAGUUAGACAUGUCAGAUUUCAGUUACUCCAGACGAAGGGCCUUCGCUCGAAACGUCGAAAUUUUCCUUAUAUAUUUUCAUGUAGUUGGUAGGGACCAACGAAAGCUUGUUCAUUUGAUUGACACUACCUACUCUGGCAAAGACUAUAGUAUUUUAUUAUUAUUAUUAUUAAAAACAUCUUUAAACACGGUGACUAAUCAACCAGUAUUAAAAUAUUUACAAAUCGAAAGGUUGCUUUUCAUUAGGCCGUGAUGAACACAAACUACAACGCCCCCUCCUUCCCCCAGUGAACCCCUCCCAAAAAGUGUAAAAGAUACAAUUACUAUUUAUUUAACUGACUACCCCUCCUCCCACCAGUGAAGCCCUCCCAAAAAGUGUACAAAAUACAGUUACUACUAAGUUAACUGACACUUUGGUUCCAGACUUUAGCAGCAGCAUAUCUGAAUGUUCUUUUCAAAGAAUUAGUUUUUGGUUUCGCUAGUACAAGCUUGCUAUUGUUGCUUCUUAAGUCGUAUCGUUCAGAAUUGGACAUUAUAAACAUGUUCGAAAUGUUCGAAAUGUUUUCAGGGCAUUGGCAUGCAAGAGCCUUAG